AUGGCCGCCGGCAGUCCUGUGAAGACCUCCGAGCUCCCGCUUGACUUGGUGAGCCCAGCAGUUGAGGUGGAUGCGCCUCUGGACGACCGGGACAUCGAGCUGGUGCAGACGACCUUCGCCAAGGUGGCCGCUGUAGGUCCUGAGGCUGCAGGCCGCAUCCUCUUUGGCCACAUCUUCCGCAUCGCGCCGGAGGCGAAAGGCCUGUUCUCGUUCGCGAAGGACGAGGAGACGAUGUGGCUGCCUGGAAGCCGACUGGAGAAGCACGGGGCGAGGGUGGUGACCACGGUGGGGACGGCAGUGUCGCUACUGAAGGACCUCGACACGUUGGUGCCCGUGUUGCAGAAGCUGGGCUUGCAGCAUGUUGGCUACAAUGUGCUGCCAGUCCACUACGAUGUGGUCGGCCAGGCUUUCAUUGCCACCUUGGAGGAUGCGCUGCAAGCGGAGUUCACCGAGGCUGUCAAGAACGCCUACGUCAAGGUGUGGAACGUCGUGCAAACGACCAUGAUCGGAGACAACUACACCACGUCCUUCUCCUACUGCGUGAUUGCAUGA